AACCUUAUAAUUUAUUAAAACGUUUAUCCAUACAAACUCGUAUAUUUUAAUCUCAGCUUUCAGAGAAUAUAAAAAAAUGUAAAGAUAGAUUUGACAUAUCUCAAAAUUACUUGAGUUUUUAUACCAUCGCUCCCACGGUUUAUUACCACAUUAAUGCUUUAUAACUACGAAAUUACACGUGUAACGCAUUAUGCUCUUUGAAAAAAAUGUAAUUGGUUAAUUAAAAACCACUGAAUAACAACACAUCACUGACUACGAAAAAUCGAACCGCUAAGAGUUAAAUAUUUAGCAGAUAACGCGGUCCACACAAGUAAAUUAGAAUAAUUGUUGGGCGCAGCUUCCCCUCUCUCUUCAAUUACACGAGAUCUCGUCGGGUGCGAGAGUGAUAAUACGACCAAUGCACUUUCCCGACUAAAUAGCUGCGCUUGCUUGGGCCUCUCGCGUAUACGUUAAUAAGUGAGACGCAAUUGUUCAUUUUGCCGCCGCCGCCGCCGCCGCGUGGUUUCGACGGACGCUUUGAUUAGGUCAGCACUUCACAGCGAUAUGGCUAAGCCAGUUCUGCGAGCGGGAAUUUUAACGAAUCUGUGUAUAACUAUCUGCAUUUGGGCAACAUUACGAUAGUAAUAAGUUCGGGAACAUACAUUGAUAAUUUAACGUCUGACCCUUCGAAAGUCAACUUUUUGAUUAUCGCAAUAAUUAUAUUGUGGUUCACGUAUCGAGUAUGCUGCACAGCAGCAGCGGCAAAGGUGCUGAGAGCUACCAAAACACAUUGGACGAGACGUCACGGACGGGUCCGUACAUCGACAAAACUGCGUCGAAAAACGUGACGGCACUAUUGGGAAAGACGACUUAUCUCAACUGUAGGGUGAAGAAUUUAGGCAACAAAACGAUGUCUCCUCUGCAGGUGUCGUGGGUGCGACACAGGGACAUUCACUUGCUGACGAUCGGCCGUUACACCUACACGAACGACCAACGCUUCCGAGCGAUACACCACGUACACUCGGACGACUGGAUGUUGCAGAUCAAGUUUCCACAACAUCGGGAUAGCGGCAUCUACGAGUGCCAAGUGUCCACGACUCCGCACAUGAGCCACUUCGUGCAUCUCAAUGUUGUCGAGCCGGUAACCGAGAUCUUAGGCGGACCGGAUCUGUACAUCGACCGUGGUAGCACGAUCAACCUCACCUGCAUAGUACUGCACAGCCCUGAGCCACCGGCUUACAUAUACUGGAAUCACAACAACGCCAUAAUCAGCUACGACUCGUCACGAGGUGGCGUGUCGGUGGUGACGGAGAAAGGAAACAGCACGUCGAGCUCGCUACUGGUCCAGCAGGCCAAGCCAACGGACUCGGGUAGAUACACGUGCAAUCCCAGCAACGCCCAGCCCAAGUCCAUUACUGUGCACGUACUCAACGGAGAGUACCCCGCGGCAAUGCAGCACGGCGGUCAAGCCCAUCAGCCCCGACUUUAUUCGCUGUUACUCUGCCUCUGCCUGCUACUCUACUAAAACGUCGCAGGACGACGACGACUCACGACAACACGGCGGCCGGCGACUGCAUCAACGCAUACGAGCGAGAGACUAUUUAUUACUAAAUGGUGAUGAUCGACAAAAGUGACGAUACAAUUUAUUUCUAUCUUCAGUUAUCUAGCAAUAUGUAAAGAAAGCAAAGAGUGGUCCGAGAUGAUCUUUUACGUAUCCUACGAUGCUUAAUUUGCAUUUAAGUAGUACAGUCUGCGUUAGGUCAGGCACGACUUUUUAAAAAAAUGUGAGAAAAUAAUUAUAACGACUGUUAAAAAAUUCUGACAAGCCACGAUAAUGCUUAAGUAAAAUUUACGUUCGAUAAUAAUCAAUAAAUAAAUGAAUCGAUAAAUAUUGUUACACUCAAGUGUUGUCUACGUUCAAAAGCUACUGCCUCUCUAAAUGAUUCUAUGAAUGCCCAUGCAAUAUCAUAAUUUGAGAAAGUAUAAGAUAUCAUGUGAAAGCACUUCUCUAGUUAAAUUAAGGAGAUUUCGUAACUUAACUGGGCGCGAGGUGAGAGGUGUGCAUCUGAUUCUCACCGCGCGUGCCACGCCGCACCCCCGUGUAACCGACACACCCGAGUUUUCGUUCAUGUUCCAAUCGAAUAUUUACGAUUUUUAAUCGCGACCUCAGUUCAAGCAUUGAAUUUAGCUUUAUUUUAUAUAUACGUAUAUAUUUUUUUAACAUUCUGUGCAUGUUUUCUGAGUUUGCACUUUAAAUCAAUUACUUCUAACGCCGCAUCUCCCACGAGGGCCCGUGUUUAAGAGCUGAAUUUUUCGAUUGCUUUUUUUUAGCAUUUUGGUGGCAAUAAAUAUUUUUAAAUAUACACAGAUGUUUUUCUCGUGCUUCAGUCUAUUAUAAAUUUUAAUUUUAUCUCGAUCUGCGUAUUUUGUUGUGACUCGUGAACCUUCUUAAUUGAUUGCUUAGUUCAUUUAAUUAAAUUUUUAAUUAAUUCUCUUGAACGCAAUUACGGUACUACGAGAAAUAACUUUAAAUUACAGCAAAUAUUAAAAAAAGAAAGAAAAACGUAACGCACUAAAAAAGUGCUUAUUUCACUAAAGUUCAAUGUUCUCUUGGCAUUCCCUUGUGUCAAAAGUCGUCUCGGAAAAUUAAGCUUCGACGACGACCAGCAGCGAAUCGUGACGCAGCAAUCGUCGUCGUCGUCGUCGCGUAAUUUCGAUCUGUCGACGUGAUCAUGCGCGCGCGCGCGCAACCUUUUGCCUUCUCUCUCUCUCUCUCUCUCUCUCCUCCGAAGAUAUAAGGAUACUUAAGCUCGUUGGCGUGGAAAAAGCGCUGAGCGUCGGUGUGAAUCGUAAUCGGCGUUUUUCACGCCUGCCCGACUUAAGAGUCUUCUCGCUGCUGCUACGCGAGUGAAAGAGAGAGGCAGAGAGUUGGCGUCUUUCGACUUUGCAAUGCAAAGCGAUUCAUUCGAAAAAUUGGCUGUGCGCGCGAGGGAAAAUUCGUUAAUUAAAAGCCCCUCUCCGCUAGCGCCGUUUUUAUUUUCUUCAAAGAGAAAGCGGAAAAGUAUAACAAUAAAAGAACUAUAAUUUAAAAAUAAAAAAAGGACUUUUUUCCAGGCUAACUGGCUGUUCAUAGUAGUAACAACGCUGGCGAUUACUUUAUGCCAACACUCUCUCAGUCGUAUUUCUUGCCGUUAUAGCUGUGGGAAUGACUGCCAAUUCUAAUAAAUUCCCCUUUGGAAAAUAACGCGCUUUAAUGAAUUCCACCUUGUGGAUUGGUCCAAAAAACCUCUCGUGGUGUACACAUACACACACAUACAUAACUGCCCGACUGCACGACUGUUAAGCAGAAAAUAGCCAGCUACACCGAAGUUAUAUUCCCCGGGACGGGACAUUCAAUAUUUCCUGGUCGACUAUCGAUCCCACGAGAAACCCGAUUUUCACAACCGUAAAAUUACCAGAUUUCGCGCGCGCUUCGUCGAUAUUUUGCAAUCCUGACAAUCCUGCCCAUCAGGAUUUUUAUCUCGCGCUCUUUUAAACGCGCCUAAUUGCGUGGAAUUCGGUCACAACAAAUCUUCUUUGACGUUAUUUUCAAUCAAAAUUAUAUGAAGCCGUACAAUUUUGAUCGAAACGAACGACCAAUGAAAGUGGAUACGAAGCAUAUGUAUACUAUUUGUUGAUUGUCAAGUCAAUUUUUUCAGUAAAAAUUCAACUAUAGCACAGAGAGUAACUUUUUCUACGUACAUUAAUUUACAACGUAAGCCGUUUGAAAAAUAGCAUUACCAAACAUUUUUUACUUGUGUAAAUUAAGGCGAUUGUGCACCUUUCUAUAACAUUAUCCAUUAUAAUAAUUUUUAAUAAGCAUUUCGGUGAUAAAAACAAUAUUUAAAUAUUCAAGAACAUUUUUGUCAUACUUUAAUCUAUUACAGAUCUUAAUUUUGUCUCAAUCUUAAGCCGAUGUAUUCAAAAUAAAAGCCAAAAAGAAAGAAACAAACAUUCGAUCGUUCGAAGAAAAAAGAGGUUCUCGCUAAUGACAUCCAAUUUACUAAGAUUGUUAAGUUUGAUAUGUGUCGAAGGCAGUCAAAAUGAAUGCGGUGCAAAAGAAAAAAAGAUCGACAAGUUUCGUUGGCAGUGGCUUUUCACAGUCGAUAUAGAUAAAGCGCGAGUGAGCCUUGGUGCCAUUAAAACGUAACGAGCUUAGUUUAGCAGGUCUCACGGAUCAUCUCUCUAGCGGAAAAACGAAAAAAUUUUCGGCGAAAAAUCGAAUAACAAUAUUUGCCCGCGGAGAUUGCAAAGCGUCAUCAUUUUUUUUCAACUUUUAAAUUGUUAAAAAAAAAAAAGAAAAUGAGGGUCGAGAUGGACAUUUUUCAUUAGGUACCUGACAGUGCUUAAUCACCUAUGUAAUAUAGAACAGCCGAUGCUCGUUAUCGCAUUUCGCAGUCGUGCCGAGAAAAUGGAGGUUUAUAAUCUCGUGUGCGAAAAAUCAUUUGCAGAGAUUAACUCGUGUAAAUAUGUACUUAAAAAUGGAAAAAAGUUACUUAGAACGUAAGAGAAUUGUGGUGAGAAUGUAAUAUGAUGAGAGUGACAUAAUCGUUUAAAUUGUUUCUUAUGAAUGGACAAUAUGCUGUGCUAUAAAACGCCUAUACACAUAUAUAUACACACACACAUAUAUCUAUGUAUAUAUAUGUGUGUGUGUAUAUGUAUAUAUAACAAAGUCGUUUUCACACCAUGAUUCUUUUUUAUGUUAUUGCAAAUUUUUGACCAAGCAUUCACCUAUUUAAUUAAUGUUGUAUGCUUGUAGGCGAGAGACAAGUAUUAAUAUUAUAUUUGCGUCAUGGAAUCACAAAUAUUUGAGCCUCUAAUUGUUUACUAAUUCGAUAAUAUUACUGUAUAAUCCUACUUGAUUAAGCUUUAAAACAAUCAUACUUUGUUUUUCUAUGGUAGUAUUGUUCAAACUUUUUUGUGGAAAUCAGUGGCCCAGAUUGUUGCAUUUUCAAAUAACAAAAAAAAGUAUAAAGAAAAGGUGUAAAAUAAAUGAAUUAGUGUGAGUGCGAUCGAUCGAAUUUUAUGGUUAAAGCGUGUAUGUCAUGUAAAAAAGUAUUAAAAACAAAGCGCGAAGAAGGAAAAAAGUGUGCGUGUAUAUGAAUGAUGUGUGAACAAAUACGACAUAUAAAAUAAAAGAAAAAAGGAAAGAAAUCGACGAUUCGAAUAGGUAAAGUAAAAAUCCAAUGGGACGAAAAAUGCCCCGAUAUAUAAUCUUUAAUGUACCAAUAUCAGUAUAAAUACUAUCGCGUACCCCCUGACCGUAUUAAGGAUAAUAACUGUAUUCGCAUUUAUUGUCAAACUUACCUACAGCCUAGUCAGUGUGCAAACCAUAAAAAAAGGUGUGAGACACGUGUCUCAUAAACCCUAAAGUGUCGUCAAACAAAAAAAAUGAAUAAAUAAAUAAAUCACAAUCACAAAAGUCUGGAAAAAAAUAAUGUGAACACACAAAAAUCUACCAAGUUAUAAGCGAGAAACUAAGCUAGAUUUUAAACAGCAAAAAAAAAACGCAAGCGAAACUAUCGAUUAUCAAAUGCUGUACAUCAUUUCUGCUUCCUUUUACGUCGAUGUUAUUUUAAUCAUUGAAAAAAAAAAUUGUGUAGUUUUUAAGGUUCAUUUGGAGGACGACUAUUUUCUCUGUCGAUUAAGUUUUUUAAUAUAAGUGUACAGUUUAUUUUUUCAUUAAAUAUACAUGUACUCAUGAUUGAAACUCAUUUAUAUAACAAUUGUACACUUCAUUCGAAUGAACGCAGAUGUAAAAUGAGAUACUACGAUAAAAUACUAAAAAAAAUGUGCUUAAAGGUAUUUGUAAAAUUCUAUCAACAUAGGAAAAGUUUAAAUAAAA